UCUUAUUCGGAUGAAAACAACCAUUAGACAUGAUUCAUUGUUAAUAUGUUGAAAUUAGUACCUGCUUGCACGCCUUGGUAUCGUAAUCGACCGUAUUUAGCGGCAUGCUCAGGCUCCAGAAGAGGCUUGCCUCUAGCGUUCUGCGCUGUGGCAAGAAGAAGGUAUGGUUGGACCCCAACGAGACCAAUGAGAUUGCCAACGCCAACUCCCGUCAGCAGAUCAGGAAGCUGGUUAAGGAUGGUCUCAUCAUCCGCAAGCCUGUCACUGUGCAUUCUCGUGCCCGAUGCCGCAAGAAUACCCUUGCUCGCCGCAAGGGAAGACACAUGGGCUAUGGUAAGAGAAAGGGUACUGCCAAUGCCCGUAUGCCAGAGAAGUUGUGCUGGAUGCGCCGCAUGAGGAUCUUGCGUCGGCUUCUCCGUCGCUACAGGGAAUCCAAGAAGAUCGACCGGCACAUGUACCACAGCCUGUACCUUAAGGCCAAGGGUAAUGUGUUCAAGAACAAGCGUAUCCUAAUGGAACACAUCCACAAGCUGAAGGCAGACAAGGCCCGCAAGAAGCUCCUGUCGUAAGUCUUGACCUUUACUUG